AUGUCAACCCACUCGCAUCAAACAUUGCUGCAAAAUAUUCGCGAGUGUGUUGAAUUGUGCCAACUAAUCAUUGAACCAACACUAGGACCGUUAGGAAUGGAUAUGGCAAUUUUUUCCCAACAAUCUUCAAAUCAAUGCAUUUCAAAUGACGGUGCUACUCUUUUAAAAACAAUUCCGAUUGAGAGUGCAAGCUGUAUUUUAUUAUCAAGAAUUUCUCUGUUGCAAGAUAAAUUAAUAGGAGAUGGUACGACUAGUGUUGUAAUUUUUAGUUGUGAGCUAUUAAAUCAAGCAAGACAUUUACUCGAAAAUAGAAACAUUCAUCCAUCACUAAUCAUCAGAGGCUUUCAAAUUGCGACUCAAAAGUGCAUGGAAUAUUUAAAGGCUUAUCUAUUGAAUAGCAAUGAUGAUGCAUCUAUCAAGAGUUUAAUUAGAACUAGUAUGCAAUCAAAGAUCAUGGCUCAAUAUGAGGAUGCAUUUGUGGAAUUAAUUUUUAAUGUUUUCAAAGAAAAGCGUGAACAAUUGAGAGAGCAUCCAGCAAAAGAAUUUCAUUUAUUUUUCUUUAAUUCCAUUGGUAACGAUAUGAGUAGGACGAGUAUUUUCAAUGGAAUUGUGAUUGACAACAUAUCCAAUAUCAACUAUUCACAACUUGUAUUAAGUGAUGUUCGAGUUUUGAUGUGCAAAUCUGAGGAACUGAAUGGCUCUUUUGUAAAUAGGAUUUUCAAUACAAAAAUGAAUUUGGACAACAGCGAGAUAUCUCAUGUGGAUUAUAAGAAGCUCAUCAAAUUAUGUGAUCAAUUAAUUGAAAUGAAUGUUGGCGCCAUAUUUAACAUAGGAAUUGGAAUUCAUAAGGUUGCGCAAGAAUAUCUCAAAGAAAAGGGAAUAUUGUGUGUUGGCUUUUUAGAUUUCAAGAAUGCUCAAAGAUUAGCAGUCAUUACUAAUUGUAUCAUAACAAGCUCGUUAAAAUGUCCAAAAAAUUGUGGAUUUAUUUCUAAAUUAACUGUAACAAGCAACAGAACAUCAACCAGCAUCGAAGUCAUCCAGAAUAACAAAAGCAGUCAUCCUAAAUAUGUCUGGAAUUCCAUUCACAUUUUUGGACCUAGCAUUGAAAUUUGUAAUGAAAUUCACAGAAGCAUUCAUGAUUGCAUGAGUAUUCUCAAUACUUCUAGAGAAGGACCUUUUGGGGUAUGUCCAGGUGGCGGAGCAACAUUUAUGUAUCUAUCUAAGUGUAUUCGAAAAUUAUCUUAUCCAAAUAAUUUGCAGCUAAUUGUAGAGGCAUAUGCAAAUGCUUUAGAAAUAAUUCCAGUGGUGUUGUCAAAGAACAUGGGCUAUGACUCAUCCAAUGUUUUAUCUCAACUUCGUUCCACGACUCUUUCUCAUAUGGGAGUUGACUCUAAUAAUGAGGGUAUUUGUGACCAGCUUGAAAAUCAAGUUAUUGAACCAGUUCAGCUUAUAAUUUCCAUUUUAGAAAGGUCGCUAGAGUUCAAUGAAAUGAUUUUAAGGAUUGAUGAAAAUAUUUACAUCAAACCCCACCAAAGUGAUAUCCACAAGUGA